AUGAGGACAAUCGAUCUUAUGGCCGACGAACUGUUGCCGAAUAUUCCUAAAAUGGACGAUGAAACUAAAAAGGAAAAGGUGAAUACUAUUCAGGGAUUAUUUAACAAGGCUAAAGAAUAUGGAGAUGAUAAAGUGCAACUUGCUAUACAGACUUACGAGUUGGUAGAUAAGCACAUACGGCGCCUUGACUCUGACCUCGCACGCUUCGAAACUGAAAUUCAAGAGAAAGUAAUGAGUUCGCGAGCCGCGCAACAGGCUGCAGCUGAUCAGGAAACGAAUACUACAACGGUGAAGAAGGGUCGGAAGAAGCACAAAGGUAGUGAAAAAGCUACCGCGUCUACAGGUAAGAAAAAACGUGCUGGCGCUUCGAGCGAAGAUGACGCAGCAGCUAAUGGUAAAUCAGCAGCGAAAAAGAAAGCUCAGAGAAAAGGUGCGACAACCACGACGAAUGCUGUUAAAGAGCAGGAAGAAAAUGCAGAUCUCGAGUCUGUUGCUGGCAUGGCGCAUCCAAGUGAUGUUCUCGAUAUGCCAGUAGACCCUAAUGAGCCAACAUAUUGUUUAUGUCAUCAAGUGUCUUAUGGUGAAAUGAUAGGUUGUGAUAAUCCUGAUUGUCCAAUAGAAUGGUUUCAUUUUGCAUGUGUUGAUCUUAAGAUUAAACCAAAAGGGAAGUGGUAUUGCCCUAAAUGUACACAAGAUAGAAAGAAAAAA